ACCGGUGCCAAAUGAAAUGUCUCUUAUUAAUUUCAAAAGAAGAAAGAUGAAAAGAUAAUUAAGAAGAUGAGUGGAAGAUAAAUGGUUUGAAGUGGCGAGUGAAGAGAAUUUCGCAUUGACUCACAAUGGCAACAACACAUUUACAGUUACCCGAUGAGUGUUGGGAAUCCGUGUUCAAAUUCCUAACUAACUCCGACGCCGGCGACAACAACCACCGCCACUUAGAAUCUCUCUCCGCCGUCUCCAAACAAUUCCUCUCCAUCAGCAACCAUCUGAAACGCUCCUUCACAAUCUCCGAUCAAGCUCUCCCUUUCCUCUCUCGCCUCUUCCACAGGUUCCCAAACCUCACCUCCCUCAACCUCACGCGCAUCUCCAACGACACUAACCUCGACGCGCUUCUCAUCCAAAUCUCCAAUUCCCCCUUCCCCCUUAAAUCCCUCAAUCUCUCCAACCAACACACCAUUCCCUUAAAUGGAUUGCGAAUUUUCUCCAAGAAAAUUACGACUUUAACCUCUCUCACUUGUUCCAACAUAACUUCUCUACGCAACAACGACACUCUCUUCAUUUCCAAUUUUUUCCCUUUUCUCCAACAACUUGACCUAAGUAACCCUAAAGAUAUCCAAAUUACUGAUAUUGUUGUAAAUUCCAUGUCAAUUAAGCUUCCUAAGCUUCGCAAGGUUAAUUUCUCAGGUCAUUACUAUAUAAACGACACAUUGUUUUUUCAUUUGUGUAAGAAUUCUGAGUUUCUUGAAGAGGUUGUGAUGUUUAAAUGCUCAUUUAUAACAAACCAUGGCAUUGCUUCCGCGAUUCGCGAGAGACCGGGUUUGAGGUCUCUCUCCUUUAAUAAAUUGAGGUUAUUUGGUGGAAAUGAUAAUUUUUUUGACUCGUUGGUGAUUUUGAAGGGUUUAACUUGUAUUGAUUUGUCGUAUUCGUAUAUAUCGGAUGAAUUUCUUUCGGCUGUCGCGGAGAAAGGUCUUCCUUUGAGGAAGCUUGUACUCCAAGGUUGCUUUGGCUAUAGUUAUGUUGGAAUCUUUUGCUUAUUGUCUAAUUGUCGAUUUUUACAACAUUUGGAUCUUCAAAAUGCUGAAUUUUUGAAUGAUUGGCAUGUGGUUGAGUUGUCUUCGUUUCUUACUGAUUUGGUGUCUAUAAACAUUAGUAAAUGUAGUGGACUCACUGAUUUUGCUUUGUUUACAUUCGUUACGAAAUGUGCUUCACUUAGUGAGGUCAGAAUGGAAUACACGAGUAUUGGGAAAAAGUGUGUCGAAAAUUCUUAUACUUUGAUGAAUUUUGUUGUGAAUCCUCAAUUAAAGUCUCUCCGUUUAGCUCAUAAUACAUGGUUGAGGGAUGAAGACAUCAAUAAGUUUGCUUCCAUUUUCCCCAAUUUACAGCUCUUGGAUUUGAGUUCUUGCAAUGGCAUAUCUGAAGUAGAUAUUGGUCAAGUUUUAAGGAAAUGUAGUAAGAUUAGACAUUUGAACCUAGCCUGUUGUUCAGGACUGAAGCUACUUAGAAUGGACUUUCAAGUUUCCACGCUGGAGGUGUUGAACUUGUCAGAGUCUGGAAUUGAUGAUAGAUCACUCGACAUGAUCUCAAAGAGUUGCUUUGGGCUACUACAACUUGACUUGGCACGUUGUUUUGAUGUCACAGAAAAGGGAGUGAGGCAAGUUGUAGUAAACUGCACAAAGCUGAGAGAGAUAAAUUUGCAUGGUUGUUGUAAAGUGGCUGCUGAUGUUGUUGACUCAAUUGUAUUUAUAAGACCUUCAUUGAGAAAGUUAACGGCUCCGCCUGGUUUUCAUUGUAGUGACAGCAAGAGGAAACUCUUCUUGCGUCAUGGAUGUCUUGUUUGUUAGUAUGUUGGAAGUGCUCUCCUGAAGUUUGAACUCUGAACUCUGAAAACCCUCAUCAGAAGCUUGGUUUUUGCCCGCUUGUCAUAGCACACUAUUCUCUGAUGUUAUUUUUUUGAGUUUACCAUAGGUCAUAUCAACUUUCAAAAACCUACUUUAUGUUAAUUCUUUUUGGACAAAACUUAUAAACAUCAACCAUAUACUCUUUCAGUCUUUCUACUUUUUCUCUGUCAUAAUAUCACCUUGGGAUUAUGUAUUCCACGAAGCAAGUAGGUGUAUAUUGAACCCAUUUUCUUACAUGCAAGAGUUUUCUGUUUUCUUAAGAACUUGUGAUAUAUGUAAGAGAGUAAGAGGUAGUGUGGGUGUGCAUGUGAUUAUGAUUUGAAAUCAUGGACAUUUUUGGUUGAACUAAACUAAUUGACUACUAGAUUUUGUAGAUGAAUGUGGAUGUGGUGGUCUUUGGUUGGAAUUGUUAGUCAAGCUUGAUCUAUAUUUUGAUUGAACCUUCAAGUUGUCAAAAUUGGCUUUGCGACUUUGGUUUGAUGUUGAUAUUAUUCUACAAAUUUAAUUAUUGAUUUUCCCCUUCCUUUCAUUAGAUACUUUAGAAAAUAUCCUCUUAUACUUAUUCAUGCACAUUUGUGUAUGGAUCUUGUUUCGUGUUUAAGAUUAGAAGUUAGGAUGCAUGCCUGCACAGUGUAAGUCUGUAAGUCCCUAGUUAAUCUUACAGGAAGGCAACAACAUGGUCCAAAAUAAAAUGGAUGGUUUGCCAUUUAUUGUUCAUUGUGCAGAAAGUUCAAUAGAAAGUUGAUUGUUGUUGUUGUUGUUAUUAAAGGCAAAGAGAGUGUUUAAUUCAAUUUCAAACCCCAAAGCACAAGGUGUGCACAUGGGAGAAAUUAUCACAAUUCACAAUAACUAUAUUGCAUGACAUGACACUCCCAACCCCACCAUAAGCACAAUCAAAAAAUGAACCUGCUAUUGUUUCUUUUUUGCUUUCAUUUUAGUGUUUAAUUAAUUUUAAUUUUGUCAAUAACAAGAUAAAAUCUAUUACCAUCCUUAAGUAGUAGAUAAUGCACAUUAGUUAAAAUGUAUCAGAAAAUCUUUUUGUUUUGAAUUUACAUGCCAAACUUUUGAAAUGAUUCAUUUAUGCUAAUACUGAAUUCUAUGUUGUCAUGUAUUAAGGAAUAACUCCUGUAUUCCCCAGGUUGUAAAUCAGUAUGGAAUAACAAAAUGUAAGGAAUAGUUGUAAAUUGUUCAUGGCUGGGAUCUAGUUAGAGGAACUUGCAGUGGAGCUGUUGGGCUUUUUUGUGUUGUUGCUGUUUAGAUUCUGAUUAAUCUUUGUUGUUGGUGUUUGAUUCUGCUUAUGGCGACUUGAUUUUUUAUUAUUGGAGGUUUUUCAUAAUCUGUUCUAUGCACUGAAUUGAAAUUUAUGACUCCUAUUGACAUGAGAGCUGGGACUCAAAAUCCACUGGAAGAAUUUUGAAGGACCUAAAGGGAAUUAAAGAUGUAGAAGCAACUUUGGUUUGGUUUUGCUGAAGGACCUAAAGGGGGCGCAAAAAAUUAAAACAAGAUAUAUAUAUGAUAGCUUUUCACCUUCAUUCGUUCAUCUACUACCGAAAAUAAUCAAAUUUAAUGUCUUUAACUCCUCAUUGCUCAUUAUUGUUGACAAAUCUUUAACUCUUUGUGUAUGUAUUUGAGAUCUGUCUAAGGACACGUUAACGUGUAUUAAAGUAAAUAAAUUUUUUUAUAGGACAUUUGUCUGAGUUACUAGACAUGUGUCAUACGAGUGUCAGACAUCGACUUGUGUCAGAUACAGUGACACGUGUAAUUCAAAGGUAUUUGCGUUUCAUAGACAAAUUAUUAUAUAAUGACAUUAAAAUGAAUACAAUUGCUACCAGGUA